GAAUCUGAAGGUUUUUUGGGACAAACUAAAGAAAAUCCCAAAUCCCAAAGAAAAUGGACAAAAAAGAAGAUUUGUUUGAUCAUGUGUCUAGUUUGUGUUCUUUUAGUUCUCCUUGUUGUCGGAGGAGGUCUAAUCUAUAUAUUUACUCGUGGAAGUUUCGGAGGUAAUUCUGAUCAUUGGGAGACUAUUCUAGGAACAAGCUCUGGAGACCCUAAUAAGGUUGAUAUAAACGGAGUUUUUGAGUUGGUUUCCUUCGAUAGUAAUUAUGAAAAGUAUCUCAAAGCAAUGGGAAUACCUUUUUUUGUACUUCCUCUUAUUCUAUCUUCAUCUGAGAAAAUAUCUGUGGAGGUGGUGGUAGGGGGAGGGAAGGAAGGAGAAGAUUUGGUCAAGAUGAGAACGAUAAAUGACCUGAUGACCCGUGAGUCCGAGUUUGAGUUCAACAAGGAGUUCACCAUGAUCUACGGGAAAGGGAGCAUGGAGGGGAUCAUGUACAAUUUGUGUACUAGGAAACAGCAUAAUCUUAUACAUUGCAGUUCGGAAGAGAGGAAUAAGGGCUGGAAAUUUGAUUCCGAACUUGUUUUUACCGAGAUUGGGAUGAUAAAUACCAGAUCCUUCCUUACGCAGGAUAUAGUAACCAAGAAGUAUUAUGCUCGUGAAGGAGCAAAAGAACUGAUUGAAAAACGAAUGAGUAAACGGGAUGAUACAGCUGUAACUCACGAGAUGAUGAAUGACUGGGUGGAUGAGUCCUGGAUAGAGAAUGAGGAUGGAUGGUUAGAAGAAGAUUCAGAUUUCUAGAAAUUACAUUUUUAUAAUAAAGUAAGAACCAGAAAACUCUGGAAUAGGCCAAGUUGACUUUUAGACUCAAGUUAUGUCUUAAAAUAGUCCAAUGAACAGGAGACAUAGCAAUUGUGCAGUGUAAACAGACCUAAUUCACUUCGUAAAGGACUUUAUUACUUACUAAUAAACCUUUUGUUUUAACAGCAUAAAAUGCACUUCAGUGUUGCUUUAACGUCGUCUUCUUAUUCCCCAGUUUUAUGGUUAUCCCUGUAUGUGCCCAUGAUAUAUUAAACACCCUUUAUUGCCAGUUUUGUAAAAUCUUGCCGUCAUGUACCUUCAAAUUCUUUCGAGGUCAUAGUUUCCACGUCAAACUGAAGUAAAUUUCUAGGUUAUAGUUUCCACGUCAAACUGAAGUGAAUUUCUAGGUUAUAGUUUCCACGUCAAACUGAAGUCAAUUUCUAGGUUAUAGUUUCCACGUAAAACUGAAGUGAAUUUCGAGGUUAUAGUUUCCACGUAAAACUGAAGUGAAUUUCGAGGUUAUAGUUUCCCAAGUCAAACUGAAGUGAAUUUCGAGGUUAUAGUUUCCCAAGUCAAACUAAAGUGAAUUUCGAGGUUACAGUUUCCCAAUUCAAACUAAAGUGAAUUUCGAGGUUAUAGUUUCCCAAGUCAAACUAAAGUGAAUUUCGAGGUUAUAGUUUCCCAAGUCAAACUAAAGUGGAUUUCGAGGUUAUAGUUUCCCAAGUCAAACUAAAGUGGAUUUCGAGGUUAUAGUUUCCCAAGUCAAACUAAAGUGAAUUUCUAGGUUAUAGUUUCCACGUCAAACUAAAGUGGAUUUCUAGGUUGUAGUUUCCACGUCAAACUGAAGUAAAUUUCAUGCUAAAUUGAGAAUAUUAAAGGCUUUCAAUCUUAACUUUUCUUAUUGAAGACCUCUUGAAGAAUCACAAAAAACUUUUUAAUUUCUUUUAUGAAACUGGAUAAAUAUACUUUCCGCAUAUUUGUGCGUAAUAUCUAAACUUGAGAACCUACGGGGUCACAAAGUUGGAACAGUAAUGCAUCAUAAGUUUGUCCUCCUAAUAUCUAGUUUAGUGUAAAUAUUUUCCCCUACCGUAAAGAUAUUAUGAUUCUAUACCUGUAAAGCGAUUUUCCCUCCCUUACCCAGCUUUGAACAUUGCUCUGAAGGUGGCCAUUAUCAAUUGUUCCAAAAUUGUUUUUUGUUAAAAUUGCAUGGCGAAUUUUUAAAAUAUUAAAUGUCGACAUUUCAUUCUCGGGUAUAAUUUUUUAUUUCGACUAGCCAUAAACCUUUCCUGUAGAAUGUGAGGUGCCUCAAAAAAAAUGAACCCAAUCGGUUCAAGCUUAAUGAGGAUACGAACAGACAACUCACUGGUCAAUAAUAUAUAUAAAUUUAUGUCAGACAACAUCUCUUGUUCGUAGAAAAAUCGCUUUAUUUUUGGCCAAUACAAAAACAAAUGCAGUCGUCUUUUCUUAAAAAAUCAAGAUUAAUGUAAUUUUUCAAAUUCAGUCAAGAUAUGUGGAGCCAACCUUUUUACGACAAUUAAAAAAAUAUGUUACGGUUUUUAUUCACACAAGAAAGCUUUGAGAUUGUAAGUUUCAUGGUUGUCAUAUAAAAAGUUUUCAAUAAUAGAUUUCAGUUUGUUUAACCCCGGAAGAUGUAUUUAUUUCGAUUUGUAUAAAAUGUAUUCAUAAAAAACCCAAAAACCUGCAAAUUUUACGUACAAUUUGUACUUUCUUUACAAAUAUAUUAUUAUUUUUACUGAAAAAUAAUAUUCUAAACAUUUUAUUAUUUGAUCAAAUCUUUAUCUGACACGAAUUCAAGAAAAAGUUCAAAAUAAAUUAUUUUUGCAGACGCAUAUGAUAACCUUUAUUUCUGGCCUCAUAGACUCAGAUGCUGGCAAAAUAUUGUUUAGACUGCAGUCUUUAAUCUGAGUAACGACGCACUUUGGUAAUAAACGUACAUUUGUAUAUUAUGUAUAAUUAAUAAAGCUGUAUAUACGUAUAUUUUUUAAGUUUUCUAUACAUUGUGCACUAAAUACUUAUUGUUUUCUUUUAAAGUUCAUAAAAAUAAAUAUGUUUUUACUUAA